UAAUUAAAUUGAAGAUUCCGUUUCCCACCUCCAUAAAUAAGAGCUCAAACAUAACAGGAAAGCCAAGCAAAGCACAUAACAGUUUCUAGCUACAUGGCUUCCUUCAGUUCGUUUCAACAAUCCUCCCAUGCGGAAGACCGCCCAAAUAAACAGUCAUCUACUUCCGAAAAAAAGAAGAAUAGAGGGUGCUCUGGCUUUGGUGAUGAAGGCGGGGCAAAAGCUGCCUUCUUCAGAGGUGAGAGUGACAUGAAAGUGUCCCCAAAUGGAAAUAUCAACAUACGUCCCGGCAAUGGAGCCCCUUGGUUUUGGGGUGGAGGUGAGAUGCCAAUGCCCCCGAAUGGAAUGAGGCCCCCCUGGUUCAUGGGUGGUUGUCAUAUGGCUGUGGCACCCCCUGUUCCCCCAGUACCGCCGGUGCCCCCAAUGUUCCCAGCUUCCCCAUGUCACAACAUUGGCUCCGGAAUCGGAACCCCUUGGACUAACUGGGGCAGAGUUGAUAUGAAAACGGACUCAGAUGGAGCAAAAAAAUUCCCUUCUGACGGGAAGCCUCUGGCAUCGCCUCCGGCUCCCCAAAACCUCAACAAAGGUCCUCGCGCUGGUGACCCUUGGACUCAAGGCAGAGUUGAGGUGACAAUGGACUCAGAUGGCGUUAAAGAAGUCCAUGGUAACCGGAGGCAUAGGAUAGCGCCUCCAAGUGAGAAUAUUAAUAUAGAUCCGGGUUAUGGAGCUCCCUUGUUCUGGCGUGAAGGUGAGAUCCAAUUGCCCCCAAAUGCAAAUGUCAAUGUUGGCUUGGGCGCCGGAGGCCACAACAGCGGCAGAUUGUCUGCAAGUAUCAACCAUCAUCAUGGAACCAUCAAUUUCUAGUAGCUAAAGGUACUUAAGAUAUGGGUUUGUGUGUGUGUCUACUCACGCUAAUUUCGUUGCAUUCCACCCAAAUAAUCGUGAGAUAUGCUUAAAUUAUUGAAAUAAAUUAGGUGGGAUUCA